UGAGCGGCGCGUGAGGGGUUCAAACUCCAAAGGGCACGUGCGAGAACUGAAGCCGCGAGAGCUCGAAUCAGACCGCACUCUUUGGUCAGUCAGUUCGCCGCCGGCCCGGCUCGGCUUCCCUCCUCGACGCGACGAGCCUCGUCGGCGUCGCCAUGCGCCUUGUUCACCGCCGCCUCAAGCCUCCGCCGCGGCCAUGCCGCUCCACUACCUUCUCCACCGCGAGGGCCGUCAUGAAUGCCCCCUCCGCGGACCGGUUGCUGGAGCUCCUGCGCGGCUGCGUCUCCGGGUCGCACCUCCCUCUGGGCCUCCAAAUCCACGCGCGCGCCGUCGCGUCGGGCGCCCUCGCCUCCCACCCGGCGCUCCAGACCCGGCUCAUCGGCAUGUACGUCCUCGUGCGCCGGUUCCGCGACGCCGUCGCGGUGUUCUCUGCGCUCCCGCGGCGCGACGCCGCAUCCGCGCUGCCCUGGAACUGGCUCAUCCGUGGAUUCACAGCGGACGGCCAGCACAGCCUCGCCGUUCUGUUCUACCUCAAGAUGUGGAGCCACCCCGCCGCGCCGCGCCCGGACGGACACACUCUCCCCUACGUUGUCAAGUCCUGCGCCGCGCUCGGCGCGGUUGCCCUCGGCCGCCUCGUGCACCGCACGGCACGCGGGAUCGGGCUCGGCCGCGACGUGUACGUUGGGAGCGCGCUCAUCAAGAUGUACGCAGACGCUGGCCUCCUCAGAGACGCGCGCGAGGUGUUCGACGGAAUGGCGGAGCGGGACUGCGUCCUUUGGAACGUAAUGAUGGAUGGGUGCAUAAAGGCCGGAGACAUUGAUGGGGCAGUGAGUUUAUUCCGGGACAUGAGGGCGUCUGGUUGUGAGCCCAAUUUCGCUACACUGGCAUGCUUUCUGUCUUUGUGUGCUGUGGAGGCUGACUUGCUGUCUGGGGUGCAGCUUCACUCUCUGGCAGUGAAAUGUGGUUUAGAGACAGAGGUGGCGGUGGCUAACACAUUGCUGUCUAUGUAUGCCAAAUGCCGGUGCUUGGAUGAUGCAUGGAGAUUGUUUGACCUGAUUCCACGGGAUGACUUGGUAACCUGGAACGGAAUGAUCUCAGGAUGUGUUCAAAAUGGGCUUCUUGAUGAAGCAUUGGGAUUGUUCUGUGAGAUGCAGAGGAGUGGUGUUCGACCAGAUUCAGUUACGUUGGUCAGUUUGUUACCAGCUUUGGCUGACUUGAAUGGUUUCAUGCAGGGGAAGGAGAUACAUGGUUAUAUUGUCAGGAACUGCGUGCGCAUGGAUGUCUUUUUGGUGAGUGCUUUGGUAGACAUCUAUUUCAAGUGCAGGGAUGUGAGGAUGGCACGGAAUGUUUAUGAUGUGGCUAGGGCCAUCGAUGUGGUUAUUGGUAGUACAAUGAUAUCAGGUUAUGUUCUUAAUGGGAUGAGUGAAGAGGCACUGCAAAUGUUCCGGUACUUGUUAGAACAGUGCAUCAAACCAAAUGCUAUUACUGUAGCUAGCGUCUUGCCAGCAUGUGCUAGCAUGGCUGCUAUGGCUCUUGGUCAGGAGAUCCAUGGUUAUGUUCUAAGAAAUGCAUAUGAAGGAAAAUGUUAUGUGGAGAGUGCACUAAUGGACAUGUAUGCAAAAUGUGGCAGACUUGACCUUAGCCAUUAUAUCUUUUCCAAGAUGUCUGUGAAGGAUGAGGUUACAUGGAACUCAAUGAUUUCAAGCUUUGCACAGAAUGGAGAGCCAGAAGAAGCUCUUGACCUUUUCCGUCAAAUGACUAUGGAAGGAAUAAAGUACAAUAGUGUAACUAUAUCUUCUGCCCUAUCAGCAUGCGCGAGUUUACCAGCUAUAUAUUAUGGAAAAGAGAUUCAUGGUGUUAUCAUAAAGGGUCCUAUAAGGGCAGACAUAUUUGCCGAGAGUGCCCUGAUUGACAUGUACGGUAAAUGUGGGAACUUGGAUUUGGCUCUUCGUGUUUUUGAAUCCAUGCCCGAUAAGAAUGAAGUGUCAUGGAAUAGUAUAAUUGCUGCCUAUGGGGCUCAUGGUCUUUUUAAAGAGUCAAUGAGUUUAUUGCAUCCUAUGCAAGAGGAAGGAUUCAAGCCGGAUCAUGUAACAUUCCUUGCUUUGAUAUCUGCCUGUGCUCACGCUGGGCAGGUUGAAGAAGGAGUUCGACUGUUUCAAUGCAUGACUAAGGAAUAUCAGAUUGCACCACGAAUGGAGCAUUUUGCUUGCAUGGUUGACCUAUACAGUCGUUCUGGGAAGUUAGAUAGAGCUAUUAAAUUUAUUGCUGAUAUGCCUUUCAAGCCAGAUGCUGGCAUUUGGGGUGCCCUUCUCCAUGCUUGCCGUGUGCAUCGCAAUGUUGAGCUUGCAGAUAUAGCUUCCCAAGAACUAUUUAAGUUGGAUCCUGGUAAUUCUGGCUACUAUGUCCUCAUGUCCAAUAUCAAUGCAGUUGCUGGGCGAUGGGAUGGUGUAUCAAAAGUUAGAAGAUUGAUGAAGGAUAAUAAAGUCCAGAAGAUACCUGGAUACAGCUGGGUAGAUGUUAAUAACAGCAGCCAUUUAUUUGUUGCAGCAGAUAAAAGCCACCCUGAUUCUGAAGACAUCUACAUGUCCUUGAAGAGCCUUCUUCAAGAACUAAGAGAGGAAGGCUACAUUCCAAGACCAGAUCUAUGUCACCCCAUGCACCCAGAUAAUAGCACACAGGUUUUGACAAUUUGAUUCCCCUGUGGCACUGAUGCUCUUCUAUGGAAAAUCAAGGAAGAACACAUUGUCAUACAGACAGCUGUCUGUUGAACAACAGUAUAUAUUGCAGUUCGACAUUUUCAUGAGAAAAGUGGCCCAUGUUUUCCCUACAUUCCUUUUGCACUGACAUGGUGCCUGGAUACCAGUGUGCAAGGUCAUUUCAUUCAUGGGUGGUCAAUGGUGAAAUUUUUCUGUGCAAAUUCUGCAGUUUAGCAUGGAUAUAUACCUGCUCUCAAGCAUUAAAAUUUAAAAGAUGUGGAAAAGCAAAGGAAAAUUUGAGGAAAGAUGUUUGAUAUUAAGAUUUUCAUGGAGAAGGUUGACAUGUUCAGAUGUCUUCCUGUGAGGCUGUGAUAAUUGCCAUCUACUGCUUCAGUUGCUACCUGCAAGCACUAUGAAAGUUUAGGCACAAGUAUGAAGGCAUAUGACGUACUCUUCAGCUUCUGCUGGCUAUUUAAUUUGCCAAAUCAUUUGAGCAAAGGUAAGCCUGCACUUUAUUAACUAUUGUAGUAUAUUGUUAGUUAUUGUUGGGGUGCGCCUUAGGCCAUCACCUAAGGCUAGGGAGCCCUUUGUGUAUAAAAGAGGCUAAGUUAGGAGUCUUAAGGGCUUGUUUGUGAGGUCUAGAGACUUAGUUGCAGCGUCCAGUGACCUGUUUGUAAGUUCUAGGGACUUCUUUGUAAAUCCUGAGGACCUACUUGUAAUAUUUGACCCCACCAAUGAAAUAAAUAUAAAUAAUCA